UUUAAACAUGAGAUUGUUGACAAAAACAUCCUGUUUCUGAAUCUGCACAUUUAUCCUACUUCCCCUGGAAAAAUUAGAAUAGCUGCCCCUCUUGGGUCACUUGUAAAAUAUAGAGAACUGUUUGAUAUAGCAAAAUUGACAGAACUACAAAUGGAAAAUUGUCAUGUUACUAUGGCGGAUCCGGGGGGGGCCCAUGGGGCCCGGCCCCCCCCCCCCCCUAAGGUUGGCCCAGAAAAAAAAAGUUGGGCCCAAAAAAAUUUUAGGCCAAAAAAGGCCCCAAAAAGUGGGCCUUUUGGUCAUUAUUGGGCCUUCUAAGGCCUUAUUUUUUUAAUUUUAAGCCAAAUUUUGAAGAAAAUGGGCCUCGAAUUUUCAAAAUUUGGGCCCACUUUUCGGUUUUAGGGGCCCAAAUUUUUUUUCCGCGCAAGCGUGGAGGUUUUUUCUCUGACCUCAAAUUUGGGGCCCCCCCUUGUUGGUUCCUGGAUCCGCCACUGUAACAGUUAUUGAACAUGAAGAAGGUAAUGAUGAUUUGAGCUUGUCCCAUACUAUGAUGUGAAGAAAUAUUUAUUCAUUCUUUUAAGAGAGAAUCAGAUAUAACGAGCAAUCGAACAAUUUUUUUUCAAUUUUAGAAUAUUUCUGGCUUAUGUCAUUCCUUGUCAUGUCUAUUUUCUAAAAAUCCCCAAAGUGCACACUUUAUUUCAGGAAAACUAAAAAAUCUUAUAAUAUAAUGUAUUAUUAUUCUAUGAGAUUGAUAUUACAAUAGUUAUUAUUUUGGGGAAUCUAAACAUUUCUCACCCAUGUUUGCACUUUACAUCAAUAAUAACUUCACCAACUUAUAACCACACAGUAGUAACUCACUGGGGCGUAUCGAAACCAAAACGCCCCGCAAAACCGUUAAUUUGAAUUUCAAAUCUACCCUGUC